CUGGCUGCUCACUUCCGCGCCGCGGCUCGAAAGAGCCACACAGAAGUAGGAGGGGGAUUUCCACUUCCCGAGUUAACCUUCUUGUUUUGCUUUCGCUCUGGACCAGAAACAAAACCUAACGACGCUCUCACUUUUCCCUGCAGCCAGUACAAUAUUCAAACAUAUCGCCACCAUCGUGUUAUUUUGGCAGAAGCUCCGAGCUGUCCAAAGUCACCAGCCCAAGAUGCCAGUGGAUAGGAUGAGGAUGCGGCCGUGGCUGGAAGAGCAGAUCAACUCCUGUCAGAUACCAGGGCUCAAAUGGGUAAACAAAGAAAAAAGAAUCUUCCAGAUCCCGUGGAUGCACGCUGCUCGGCAUGGCUGGGACUUGGAGAAAGAUGCUCCUCUCUUCAUGAGAUGGGCCAUACAUACAGGCAAGUACCAGCCUGGAAAAGACCGACAGGAUCCAAAGACUUGGAAGGCAAAUUUCCGCUGUGCCAUGAACAGCCUGCUUGACAUUGUGGAGGUGAAAGAUAAAAGCAACAAAAAGGGAACAAAUGCCUUUAGGGUGUACAAGAUGCUGUCCUCUUCUGAAAAAAGUAUAAAGAAAGGAAAGAAGAAGAUCGACAAGGAAGGUAGACCCAAGGGAAAUAAAGAGACAGUUUCUAAGUCUUGUGGGACUACUCUUCUACACAUCAAAGAGGAACCACAGGAUGAAGUCAAGAUUCCAGACACAACCAGAGCCAUCCCCAGUUUCACAGAAGAUCACUUGAUGGCAAGCGAGCAGCUGCCGUUCGUCUGUCAGACAAUCGAAGUGACAACUGAGAACGAGGAGGAGACAGUUAGCUCGUCCCACUCGUACCCUCUUCAAAUCUCUCCUAGCGCCAGUGACACAGACAGUGACGUUGAGGACACAGAACAGGGUGUCAGCACAUCCUGGAGGCGGGACCUCGGCAGGUCAGUUCUCAAGAUGUCGCCAUAUCCUCUUCCCGGCAUGGCCACCUUUGUUCGAGGAAGCAAAAACUUCAGAGUAACCACCACGCGAGACCCAAACCCCCUCAUCAGUUAUCACAGCGACGGCUGGACGAAGCCUUACAGCCAGAACUCUCUCACGUCGUCCAUACCCAACCACACUCAUGAGAUGCGGGCCAGCGUGAUCAUGAAAACAUCAGAUGUCACCUAUUCUUAACCUCAGGACAAUGAGUUGAAGUUUUUCUUUAAGUCAGACUCUAACUGAGUAGGGAUUAGGCAUCAGCUGGACUUAUCCGUUAGUUGGCUGUCCCAUUGCCUCAUUGUACACUUCUUAUGUCUGCGUGACGAAGAUGGUCCGUUUGAAUUUGUCAUCCGCACAUUUCUUCAAACGCAUUUCCCACCAUUUCGACGCCAAAUGUGGACUUUUGACAUGGAUUUUGCUGGUGCAUUUUUUUGUUCUUUGCAUUGGAGCUGGGGUGACUGCUUAUUGGAGUGGUUGGAAAUCUGUACAAAUCAUCAUAAUUAUAAUAAUCGUUACAUUUAGUACCUAUGAAUUCAACUUUCAAAAACAUGAUUCUGAAAAUCGUU